CGUUCCGCCUGGGUUUCCUUUAUGAUCCCGGGACCUUCCUCCUCUCUCGCCAGACAUCAUCCGGCAACGGAGGAGAGCGCACGCACUCGUUCCGCGUCCACGCAUCACCCAAGUCCCUGCAAGCUGCUUUUGAGGUGGGGGCCACCCUACCGCGGGACUUCCACCUUACAAAAACAACAACGUCCCUGCUACGACGGGAUCUAAAGGCUGCAAAGAGGACGACUUUGAAUCGACUUGUAGCCGCCAGCCAACAUGUCCGAGGUGUUGCCGUACAACGAGGGCAAAAUGAGCGGCUACGGGGCGGACAGCGAGGUCAACCAGAUGUCCUUUAGCUGCGGGCUGCAGGACACAAGCGCCUUCUUCGCCGGCUCGCAGGCCAAGAGACCCCCGAAGCUCGGCCAGAUCGGCAGAGCCAAGCGAGUGGUGAUUGAGGACGACCGAAUAGACGAGGUCCUGAAGGGGAUGACCGACAAGUCGUCGCCCGGCGUUUAAAGAGCCCCCUCCCCACUGAGCGAUGCCUUGCAGACUCUUUUCAUUUUGAUCACCGAUUUGAAGCACUUGUCGGCUGUGCAUGUUGGAGGAUUGUGGCGUGAGGAGGAGGAGAAGAAGACGGCGACACACCAAGUGAGGAUGAGGAUGGGAUGAAACGCGGUGGAGGAAAAGCAAGAUGAAGGGAAGGAUGGAAGAGGUGGAGCGGAAAGAUUCCUGGUGGGAUAUCGCUGGCAAUCCUCCAAAAACGAGUCCCGUUUUUGUUUUCUUUUUCAAGGAGAAGAAAAAUCCCGACAGCGGCUGUCGCGUCUCGACAGGCGCUGACUUUGUUAGGAAAGGUGACGGAUGAACUUGUCAUUAAAACAAACGCCACCGCCAUCUCCUUUGUCCCCCGCUCCAGACGCGCCGCAAAAACAAGCGUCGGGAUGAAGCUCGACGUUGUACAGUAGGCUCAGCUUUACGCCCCCCGGCCCUCUCCCCUUUCUUGUAGAUGGUGCAUUCAGGGGAGCUGUCCUUUCAGCACCGCUCCAAUGCAUUCCUGUUGCUGCUUUGGUACGCCCCCCCCCCUUCCCAAACCAAACUCUCAAGUCUACUUCUAACGAAAGGAGACCAGAUUGUAUGUAAAAACAUAUAUCCGAGGAUGGUGCAAUGUUAAUAUUUUCUGUAGUGGAAAGCUGCUUGCUUUGGCCGCGGGCUUUUUUUUCGCCGAUGGUUAAAGUUGCAGGUUGGUGUAGCCGCACCUGCACGUAUCUUUUACACGCAACGAAAAUAUGAACGAGACACUUUUGUUUUUGCUCCCAUUCUUCAUGGACUGAACUCAAAAGAUGUACACAAAAGGCAUAUUUCUCUCAAAUAUUGUUCACAAAUCUGUGUGAGUGAGCAUUUCUCCUGUUCCGAGAGAAUCCGUCCACCUCACAGGUGGACAGCAUGAUGACUGCACAGGUGUGCCUUACAGUAGGCUUUCCACAAUAAAAGGCCGCUCGAAAAUGUGCAGUUUUACUGUAUUGGAUUGGACUAUUUCGGCAAAGGGGAAGUGGUUUGAACAAUAUUUGCAGGUUUGAUAUAUAUUUGAGAGAAACAGGCCUUUAGUGUACAUAGACAAAGUCUCCAAUCUUGGAAAAAUGGGAGGAAAAGCAAGUGUUUUGCUUAUAUUUUUGUUCAGUAUAUUUAUGAUGAUUUGCAUUUGUUUAUUUAACAAACGCUGGCCAAAUUGUGGAGAUUCAAGUAAUUAUCUAAACUAAUAGACUGAACACAUUUGUUUUAUACAGUGGCACCUUGACUUAUGACUUUUUUCACGUUGCGAGCUGUUUGCUUGAUGUAUUUUUUUUUUCAUUAUUUUUUUUUUGCGUUGUGUUGUGACUCAUGCGUGAGUUGCACAUUCAGGAGACGAAACAGGACAAGCACUGAGGAAAUAAAGAGAGAUACAAUUUCAUAAAAAUUUGCAAGGAGACAGUUUGAAUACAACUUGAGGGCUCUAAAAAGUAUGUGCCUAUUUCUCCUUAGGCCAGGCCAUAUGAACAGGCAUGUGAACAGGCAGUUAUCAUCUGCCUUGUGCAACUGGCCCCCCCACCAACCACAGACAUUUUGCGUUCUCUCACCGCAAAUUGAUAAUACAUGACGAAAGAGAGUUGAGGAACAAGGUCUACGCUCUUAUCGUCAGGCUAAAACAAAAGUUAUACUUAACAUAGAAUACAUUUUAUAAAUGCAAAUAUAUACAUCUUUUUUCCUACCAGGUAGUGUAAUGCCCUCGCAUGUGGGCAAGGAGAGCCACAGCCACUGAUGCACAUUCGGCCGUUUAUUCAACGGGACAGUCCAACACAAAAGUGUGAAAUCAGCGCAUUCGCAAGGAGCCGCUGUAGGCCACAACUCGGGCCCGAACGCUCACACAAAGGCUGAUGUCAUUCAUUUGGCCACGCCUCUUAAAGGGACAUGCAACACAAAUACUAAAGUAAUAACACUUUAUAAAACCGUUUUUUUCCUUUACAUUCUCUUUUAUUAUGUUUUUAUACAAUAUAGCGAUGUUUUUCCAAAUUAAAAACAAAAUGGUGUUCUUUUUUUCAGCAGGCUGGCAUGGACUAAUAGCCUUUCAAUUCAUUUCAAUAAUAAUAAUUGAUUCGAUAAACUCUUGAGUCGGGCUCAACCGAUUAAUCGGCCCAUAUUAGUAAUUUUUAAAUGUAUUUUAUUCAUUUUUUUGCUUUACACCUUUAUACAUUACAACGUAAGACAAAGAUUCAAACAAAAAACAAUACAAAGUUUUCAGUAAGUUUCAGUGUUUUUAUAUAUCCAUAUAUAUAUAUAUAUAUAUAUAUGUAUGUAUUUUUUUUAAAAUUAAUCAGCCGCUUAAUUUGUUAGCGGAAUUUUAUUCUGCAAAAUACCGGAAUCAGCAUCUGUCUCAAAAAUUCCAUAUUGGUCGCGCCCUAAUAUUGAGCUCCGAGCAUGGUCAAGGAAUGAAUUCAACUUUUAAGUCGAGGUCCUAUUGUAUUUUGCGUAUUUUCGUUUCGCAGUUAGCGAGUGUUUCACGUCAUGCAUGGAUUCUCACUCCGGUGCCAAUGCAGGUGCCACUACGUCCCCCCACCGCCCCCCCACCCCCGGCAUGCUUGUUUUUAAACAAAAAGGUAAUAUUUGUAUUUUUAUAUCUAAAUAUUUGUUAUUUAAAUGAUAUGCUCGUCUAUGGUCGUACAGUUCAUCAACAACAACCACAAAAAGUUUCUACUCGGGAGGACACGGAGAACGAGAGGACGUUCAUUUUGGCUCGACUGCUCUCGUUCGAUUAUCAGCGCUCGAGGUUUUUUCAAGACUAACUGAAUGUGUCUGGGUAUUUUGCACACAUCGAUGUUCAACUAUUAGUAAGAAAUCGUAUACUGUGACGAGCUUCGUUCAUGAAUUUGUUAGAAAAUGGCAGUUUUAGAGUAUAUUUCACUGUUUACGAGUACGAUCAAAUAACAUUAUUUGAUCCAUUUUGAACAUUACGGUUUAUUUUCGUGUUUUUAUUGAUUUUUUUAUUUUUAAGUUGGCUUAUUUUGUACCAUCAUUUUAAAGAAACUGGAUAUGGUUUGUUGUGCAUGAAACCUUAAUAUUUUCAAUAAUGGAACAUAAUUUUAUGAAACAAACAAAAAAAAAAGCAACAAAAAUGUCAUGACAUUCUAAGAAUGAGUCAUUGUAUAUUAUGAUGCCAUUUUCACUGUAUUUGGUGAACUAAUAAAUGGUGAAAGAAGAUGGAAAUGUGAUUGUCUUCCCCCCCAAACCACAUUAAAUGAUUUUAGACGCAUUUGGGAUGCAGAAUUUUGUAGAUAAACGCAGAAGGCCUCUGCCAUAUUUCUGUAAAGGCAUAUAUAUUAGUGAGACUACAUUAUUGGCUCAUUCAAGGACCACCAAGAGGAGAUACAGUGGUAAUCAAAAGUCUACACACCUGUGUUAUAAUGCCAGGUCAAAUUGUUUCUCCAUUAAAGUAUCUUACAGUAUAUCGUGUACAAAUCAAUUGGGAAAAAAUACAUCUUUUCGAGAGGGAAAUGAGGUUGCAAAAGUGUGCACACCCUCUUAACUGGGAAUGUGGCUGUGUUCAGAAUGAACCAAUCGCAUUCAAACUCAUGAGAGUCAGCAUACACAUGCCGCCAUUCAAGCGCCUCUGAUUUACUCCAAAUAAAGUUCAGCUGUUCCUGGUUUGUAGCAGUUUUUGUGCUCACGCUGGCUGCUAUUUGGAACUUUUCAUAAUACCAGCUGAAAAAAAACAAACAAAAAAAACAAAGCACGAUGUUGCCACCACCACCAUGCCUCACUAAAGGUUCAACCUGUGUUUCAUUGGACCACAACGCCAAAUCUGUAGGUUAUAGGUCACAAUAAUGGGGAAGAACGUUUUGAAAUGAUUUAUCAUGCUGUUGUUUUUUUAUAUCACAAAAACCUGGCAUUCUAACAGGGGUGUGUAGACCCAUUUAUUAUUAUUUUUUAAAAAUCUCCACUGUAUGUUGUUUUAAGUAAACAUGAUGUAAACACUAUUGGCUGCGCCCCAAAAAUAUUAGUAACUUUUAAUUAAAUAUUAAGUUUAUAUUGAUCUACUUGAAACUUCCAUUUUCUAUAUCGCUAUCCUUCCCCGUAGAAAGGAUUGCAGUCGGCUUCCAACUUUCACGAUUGUUCUUCAACACACAGACAGGUGUCAGUUCUUGUGUAUUCAAAUUAAACCAACUGUUACGAGUCACCACAAAAACCCACUGAAACCAGUUAACAAUAACAAAUGUGACAUUUUCCUUUUCACUUCCUACAUUUGAAAACAGAUGUCUGAACUUUCUACUCCUUACGUUGCCAAACAGGCUUGUUACUUUUUUUCAACCUCUGCGGAUGACGACACAAUGUAAAAAAGACGUAAAUAGAGAGCGGUAAGUCAACUGCCGUUGAUUGAGAUUUUAGAGUCUCGUGUGCUUGUACCGCACUAGUGUACUUAAAAAGAAGUCUGCUACACAGAGGCUGAGCUGCACUGUGUUUGUUCACAGACUAAAAGUGUGACUAGAGCAUUACACUUCUCGGCCCUUACCUAAUAAGUUUCAUGUGGGAAUCCUAAUAAGAAAAUCGAAGAAUACAUGAAAAAAAGUUGAAAAUUCGAGAAGAGUCAGAAGUUUACUAGAAGCACAUAAUAUGAGAUUAAGUACGAAUUUCACAAGAAUAAAGUCACAAUAUUAAAAGAACAUCUUGUGAAACUAAAGUUGUUAUAUUACAAGAAAAAAAGUUCUAAUUUUAUGAGAAAAUGGUCAGAAGUAGUAAUAUUCAAUUGAAACAUAAUGAGUAAAGUUGUAACUUCACAAGAAAAUAUCUACCGCUAUAUGAGAAUAGGUCAUAAUAUUAUCAGGUAAUAUAUAUACUAUAUACUUUACUGUGGAUUUGCAUUUUUUCACAUAUAGCAGUGCUGAACUUGGCUUUGUGUUGGUUGGGCUGUUAUGUUUAGUUAGUUAGUUAGGUUUUAGAUUUGCACUAUAGAAUCCCAAUCCUAGCUGUAUACUGUAUUUUUUUCGAUUUUAUUCUAUCUAUUCUAUUUUAUUUUACAAUAGGUCUCUUUUUUGGGUGGGGGGCCUCAUUGGGCUGCAACUUAGUUCGUGCCAUCUCACGUGUAAAUGAGUUCUGGUAGGACAAUAAAGUUCCUCGGUUGUUUUCGGCCGCGUAAAGCUUGAACUGCCACAACAUGUGCUUGUCAUCACCAAACAAUCAGUGUGGGAAAGCAUCAAUGCAGUUGCUAUCCAUUUCCCUCAUGUAUUCAGCAUUGGAUUUUCACAACAAGUCAUUGGAUUUUCCCAUCACUCUGUCGGACGUUUUGUGGGGAAAGACAGAAACCUGGAUGAGGGAGAUCUCAGGAAUAAUUAUUUGCUAAUAACAAAUAAUAAUUUGCCACCGCUCUGCGAGCUGGCUUAACGCGAGACACAAUUUUGCAGCUUUGAAGCGCGACGAGUUGGAGUAAAUAAUGUAGCCGGGGGGAUUUGCGGCGCCUGUGUUCUGACCUGGCAGACGGAUAAGCAGUGACUGACUCCGGUCAGCAUACAUGUACUGUAUUGACCCGUAUUGUGCUUCAGUAAUAGUCAUUACAGUAAUUAAUUUUCCUUAUUGAAAUGAAUUCCAAUGCAAUUACAAUAAUCCCAGGUUUAUCACGGGGGACCACCCCCGCAAUUGGUGAAAUCCGCCAAGUCGUGACCACAUACCUUUUUGAUUAUACAUACAUAUUUUAUAGCUGUAUGAAAGUCCCCAGACUCCUAUUAACCUCUACCAUACUCUUAUAAACAUUUUCUAUACUCUUAAAUACCUUUAAAACUCUUAAACAUACAGUAAUGCAUAGUACUGUACACUAUGUACAUUUUAUUCCUUGUAAUGUGUUUAAAUGUUGUUGUUUUUAACAGUUUUAAUGUUUUAGGCUAGGAAGCCUUUAUUUUACCACAAAAAAAUACAGCAUACACUCAAAAUCCCAUGAUAUGGGGAAUUAGGCACGAUAUGAAUAUGAUUUUUUUUCGCAAUGAACGAAUAGGUGAACGACAAUAUAUUGAGGCAACACUGUAAUUUGUUCCAGCCCGCCAAAAAAACAGCAGAAAAAAAGCUCUGUAUUAUAAAAUAUAAAGUCAUAAUAAAAUAUAAUAAAAGUGAAUAUAAAGAAACUGGUUUCAUAAAAUGUCAUUAAGAUGGAAGUCACACAAACACUGUAUGUAGUACUGUAUUUGUGUUGUGUGCCUUUAAGGGGCAUGGCCUAGUGAGUUACAUCAGGAGCUCUGAGUCCGGCGCCGGUUGGCCAAUCAGCAUGUAGUUAGUCUGAGCGUUUUCUCCAUUCUCCUUGUGAGUGUUUUAAUUUUGUAUUUGUGUGUUUGAAUAUUUGUCCUGUUCAAUAAACGGCUGAAAGUG